AAGAGAUGGUUGAAUCAAAAUAAUUCCUUUCAAGUUCUAUUUAUUUUGAGGGCAAUAUGAAUAUUCUAUUAUGUUCCAUCAAUACAUUAAAAAGAUUAUAUGAGAUAUCUUUCGUAAAAGUAGGUCAACAUCUCUAUUGGCAAUUAAGGGUGUUCCAAGUGCAUGCCCAAGUACUUAUGACUUUUUGGGUCGUAAUUGCUAUCUUAUUGGUUUCAGCCAUUUUAGUUGUUAGAAAUCCGCAAACCAUUCUCACUUUUGGUCAUAAUUUCUUUAAAUAUGUCCUCGAAUUCAUUCGAGAUGUAAGCAAAACUCAGAUUGGGGAAGAAUAUGGUCCGUGGGUUCUCUUUGUUGGAACCAUGUUCUUAUUUAUUUUUGUUUCAAAUUGGUUGGGGACUCUUUUGCCUUGGAAAAUAAUACAGUUACCUCAUGGGGAGUUAGCUGCACCCACAAAAGAUAUAAAUACUACUGUUGCAUUAGCUUUACUUACAUCAGUAGCAUAUUUCUAUGCGGGUCUUUUGAAAAAAGAAUUAGCUUAUUUUGGUAAAUACAUCCAACCAACUUCAAGUCUUCUACCAAUUAACAUCUUAGAAAAUUUCACAAAACUCGUGUCGCUUAGCUUUCGACUUUUCAAAAAUAUAUUAGCUAAUGAAUUAGCAGUUGUUGUUCUUGCUUCUUUAGUACCCUUAGUAGUUCCUAUACCCGUCAUGCUCCUUGGAUUAUUUACAAGUAGUAUUCAAGCCCUUAUUUUUGCUACUUUAGCUGCGGCUUAUGUAGGUAAAUUCAUAGAAGGGGCAAGUAUACUUGUCUACAUAUUUUCCAUUUUAUUCAUAGCCCUUCAUUUGACAAUACUCAAAGAAGCUAUCAUGUUCAUCUCCACCGAAAGGUCAUGUGGACGGGAUUCAUCAACCUUUCCCUCAAGGUAUGACAUGGUAGUGAUGGUGAGUGGAGGAAGUGUAAUUGCAACUUUCAUCUCCAUGAGUUCUUGUAUGCGCCUUCAACAAGUGCGUUACCUCUUCAUGAGUGUUUCAGGCACAACCUUUGACAUCUCGCGCUUGCAGCUUCAAAUUGAAGCCUAUGAGUCAGAAUAUGUGUAUUAG